GCUUUUAGUAUGAAUGGGGGGCAUAAGAACAACUGGCUCCAACCGUUAGUAAUCUCAUCCCUAACUGUCUCCAACAACAUGGUAAAUGUUAACAGAUUACCAAAGCUCUGUGUAGUUGUGGCUUUAGGGCUCUCUGCCACGGCCACAUCUACUGAUGUGGCCCAGGAGCAACCCAGGAAAGAGUCGUUCUUAAGCAGAUUCUUAGGUAAGAAAGGAGAACCUACCACCAAACAUCAUGAGGCGCCUGUACACACUGAGACAGCGCAUCUACUUAUGUUCCCUCUUGAAUGGUAUCUGUUACCCUAUCCCAUAAACAGAAAAUAUCUUCUAAAAGCAUUGCCAUCUAAUUUGGCUGCAAAGGUACCAGAAGACUGUAAUGAACCAAUAAAACCCGAAUUCCAACAGUUAGUUAUCUUACUCCCUACUAACUUCACCAAGAUUGUAUCUCUAAACACGUUAUGGAAGCUUUCUGUAUUGGUGGCAUUCGGGGUCUCUACCACGGCCACUGCUACCGAUGUAGCCCAGGAGCAACCCAAGAAGGAAGAAUUGGAGAAUGGAUCAUUACGUAACAAAGAAAAGCCUGGGACUAAGCCAGUGGAAGUAAAAGAAGCAACCAGGAUUACCACUAAAAGAAACAGUGAUCCAAAUGAUCCACCGAUGUUCAGUGUUGAAUGGUAUCUGUUACCCAAGCCCCUAAAUAGAGCAAGUCUUCGUGAGAGGUUGCCUUGGUUUGCGCAAAAUACUGUGCCAAGGGACUGUAAUCAGCCAAUAGCUCCACCAACAGAAAAAUAUAUUCGAAAUCAUUUUUCUUGGGUUGAGAAACAGAAACAGAAGGAGUCAUCUUCUGCGGAUGCCACAACCACUAAUGUGAGCCAACCCAAGAAGGGAUCCUUCCUAAGCAGAUUCUUCAGUAAAAACAACAAACAGGUUGAUAUCCCAGAUUUACCCAAGUAUUCUCUUGAAUGGUAUUUCUUACCCAAGGAGGAAAGCAGGAAACAUCUUCGUGACAGGUUGCCAUAUGCUUCGAAAGGUGUUGUAGCAUCGGACUGUAGAGAAUCAAUAGCGCCUGUGUUUGAAAAACGCAUUAGGGAUUAUUUGUCAUUAUAUACCGUAGACUGGUAUCUAUUACCCAAGCCCGAAAACAGAGCUACCCUGCGUAAUUCGUUACCAAAGGAUUUGGUCGAAAAGGUUCCAGAGGACUGCAUGGAGCAUAUAGAGCCCGAGGUGGAGGAUUACAUUAGGAAAUAUUUUUUAUGGUAUUGCUUUGAAUGGUAUCUGUUACCCAAGCCCGAAAACAGGGCCGCCCUGCGUAAUUCGUUGCCAGAGGAUUUGGCUGCAAAGGUACCAGAGGACUGUAAUGAACCAAUAAGCCCCGACGUGGAAGAACUUAUUAGAGAGCAUUUCACAGUGAUUGAGAAGAAGCAGAGGCCUAAUCGUUUUUGGUAUUUGCAUUUGUAA